UUUGAUGUUUGUAUUUGUGGUGUAUUGACAUUGUUGACCGACUGAAGACUGAAGUAUUGCAAAAUAGAAUGUUUAUAUAUGUCACGACAAAUAUCUAAAUAUAAUCAAUAAUGUAAAGAUCUUAAUAAGGUUUCUUAUAAAAAGAAGGUAAAAGAAAAUGUGAUAAACUAAUGAAUACUUUGCAAAAAAGGGCUGGCUCUUUACAAGGCCAAAAAAUAUACCACACUUAUAAGGGUCCCCCAUUAUUUUUUAUAAUGAUGAGGUUAAACGUUAAAGUAGCAUUACUGUUUUUACUCUCUAUAGGGAUAUUAACUAUAAUAAUUCUAUAUUCUUUUUGUGGUGAUACAAAUAAAGAAUGGCAGAGACUUAAUUACAACAACUUAAACAAAAAGGCUUUUGGUUUGCAAGUAGCUGAAGAAAUAGAGUGUGAUAUUAAUGGCGAAGAUGUGAUAGGAUGUAGGAAAGAGGGCGAUGAAGUAUACAUACCAUUUUCAUUUUUACAUAGAUAUUUUGAAGUCUAUGGUAAAUUGGCAACUUAUGAUGGUCUAGAAAGAUUUGAAUGGUCACAUAGUUACAGUAAAAUAUACCACCCAAAAGCAAAAUAUGAUCCGAGAGGAGUUUUUAUGUAUUUCGAGAAUUAUAAUGUUGAGGUAAGAGAAAGAGUGAAAUGUAUUAGUGCCACUGAAGGAGUGCCAAUUUCAACCCAGUGGGAAAGUCAGGGUUAUUACUACCCAACUCAAAUUGCCCAGUUCGGUUUGUCGCAUUAUAGUAAAAAUUUAACAGGACCGGAACCUCAAAGAAGAAUGGUUGAAGAUAGUGACAAAGAAUUUGCGAACUGGAUAGUGCCUAAAACUGCAAACCUGGAAAGACUAUCUGAUAGUCCACUAGGAAACAGAGUAUUAAAAUUUUACACAAGUGAAAAUUAUUUAGAUGGUAUACAAUUAAAAAUGGAUCUUGUACUUUAUUCCGUUAUGAGUCUGAAUAUUAUGCUUAGUGGUAAUAGUAGCAUUACUGUCACUUUACAAAACAGAGAGAGCAAGGAGAUUUAUAAUUUGCACUACAUUACAUCGGAUAUUUGGAUAACAGUUCAGGAUAACAAUAUUUAUCAUGGCAUUGGAAUCACCCAGGAUUGGAAAAAAAUUACGAGAGAUCUUACAAUAGACUUACAAAAGGGUUUAAGCUACCUCGAUAAAGACAAAUCUAAGCACAAAAUUCCUAGAUCUAAGUUAAAGAUAAUUAACAUUACCCUCAGGGGUGCAGGGGCCAUUGAUAAUUUCACAUUGUCAACAUCAGAACAUAUCCAACAAUUUUAUGAUGCUGCAGAGUGGUUUGUUCGGCAUCAGGAUAAGGAGACUGGUGGUUGGGCAAUCCCCGUAAAACGAAAAUUAGCAUCUGGAUUUCAUGACUUACAACCAGGAUGGUACUCAUCAAUGGGCCAAGGCCAUGCAUUGUCUGUACUUUCUAGAGCCUAUUAUCAUUCUGGAGGUAAUACACAGUACUUAACGGCGGCAUUAAAUGGGUUAAAACCAUUUAAAGUUUCAAGUGCAGAAGGCGGCGUGUUGGCUACUUUUCUCAACAGAUAUCAUUGGUAUGAGGAGUAUCCGACAGAACCAGCAUCCUUUGUUUUAAAUGGCUUUAUAUACUCUCUCCUCGGCCUAUACGACUUAAUGGUUAUCGCUCCGCCUGGUCAAGCGCAAGAAGCUGAGUUCCUGUACAACGAAGGAAUGAACUCAUUAAAAAACAUGUUAAUGUUGUUUGAUAUGGGGAGUGUAACUUCAUAUGAUUUGCGACAUUUUACUAUACACAUAGCCCCAAAUUUGGCCAGGUGGGACUACCAUGCUACACAUAUCAAUCAGCUGCUGUUGUUAUGUACUAUAGAGAACGAACCUUUAUUUAAGCAAACCGCAGAGAGGUGGAUAGGAUAUAUGAAUGGUAAGAGAGCCGGUCAUAAUUGAUAUGUUAUGGUUUGUAACCAGGUGAUAUUGACUUAGUUUGAGGUACUUAUAAGCUUCCAAUGUAAUAUUUCUAGUCACACGAAAGUGGAAUAACUUUUAUUUUCUGAUAUCGUCCCUUAAAGAAGAUAUGUAAAAGCUCUUCAUUAAUAUUUACAAUGUUAGAGAAAAUCUCGAAAUAUGUAGUUAAGUAAAUGCAAUCAUAUUUCUGUUUAAUACACAAAAAUGUGUAAUAGCCAAUAUCUGCUUAAGUGGAUCCUUAGUCUAUGUAUCUUCCAAUACUUAAUGAAGGGGUUAUACAGUCCCAUAUUUUUUUAGCAUUAUUUUGAUGAAGUUACUUUAUCCAAAUAUUUUAUAAAUAAUUUCGUUUACGUUAAAUUUACGUUAUGUUUGAAUUUAUAUGAUCAUUUCUUUUGGGGUGUAGACUAGGUAACAAAUAUACAAGCAUUUAAAAAAUACAGUAGAACUUUGGUCCGUGCCUCAUGGAACCGGACUUUCACAGGAUAAGGGUGAUUGUCUCAAAAAAAAAACAAUAAUCAAGUGUCACUUGCUAAAAUUACCAGAAAACAGGUUAUAUAAAAAAUAGUAAAUAAGAAAUAUUCUCUAUAAAAAAGGAUCGUCUUAACCCAUUGGGCAAGUCAAUCUGUAUUGUUGGUCCUCUCUCCACUCUCUCCACAUCAUCCGCACUUCCCCCCAAGCUUUGCAACACGUUGGCCCAUGCCUACAUCUUCAGUUGACCUUUGAGGUUCAGGUUGUGAAUGUUGUUUCUGUGUUGGCUGUCUCUUAAACCCUUGUCGCCUUAUUCUGUUCAUUGUAAUUUUUUUUGGUAAAGUUCACAUGUUGCUGAAAAUUUUUACUUACUUAACAUGAUUUAAGGGGAGUAAAACGUAAACUCAUUUUGGCAACGUUCGAAUCGCCAUCUCCGAGUUCUUCCUUGUCACUCCCAUCACCUUUGUUUUCCGACAUUCUUUAUCAUCCAGUGAGUUUUAUUAUCAAUUAGAUUUUCCGACGGAGAAAGUCACUUUUAUUUUCUAAUAACACAAACAAUGUACACUAAGUAAUUUGGUUUGGUUAUAAAGUGUAUUAUUUUUACAGGUUAAGGUUUGAUAUCUUACUUGUUGAGUUAUGGGGAAGAAAAUAAUAAAAUAUAAACUGAGUAAAUAGUUUUUAAUGAGAUUUUUAUAUAGCUUUUAUAGCGUCACUCGUAAGUAGACUGCAUACAGACUAAUACUUAAUAGGAAAAGAUACUUUGGUUUUUAUAUAAGCAUUUCUGCUGAUCAGCGUAUUUAGCCACAGCGUCGGCUUCGCUGGAGUAAGUUUAACUUAGGACUAUAAACACCAUUAACACGAGCUUAAUAUACAGAGUGUUCGACUUAUUUUAUUUUGCGUUUAUCCAAUACGCCCACUCAAAAAAAAUUGGUCGACACUGUCGUAAGUGUUCUUGUCCACACGUGAACGUAAAAUAUGUACGUGGAACUCGGGGGAGAGGUGCCUAAGUUCUGGUCCAACAUUUGUUGCAUGGAUUGGGGAAAACCCCCUCAAAAACCCAAUCAGACCAGGGACUCCAAAACUUGUUCCAAGCCCAUUUGAGUUCGAAAUUCAAGGAACUUUGUUGUUUUGUAAAGGUAUCUGCCAAUUGCUGACCUGUAGGAACAUAAACAAGUUUUACUUUCUUUUGUUCAAUCUACUCUCUAGCAAAAUGAUAUUUAAUAUCAAUGUGUUUUGAACGCUUAUGACAUGUUGGAUUGUUAGCAAUAGAUAUACAACCAUUAUUAUCUUCAUAAAUGGUUAUAGGCUCUAAGAGGUUUACAUUGGUACUGAUCUUUGUUGAUUAGCAUAUGAUAUUCAAUGUUUUCCGUACAGUUUGUCCAUUAGGUGAACCUAAAGUCUGUCUGUUUGUAGGAAAGUGUUCUCUAAUUUGUCGGGGUUGGAUGGAAAUAGAUUCGUGUAUUACCAUUAAGUUGAGGCGUCAUGUUUUUAUAAAAAUUUUGAAAUCUUGGGCCUUGAGUAAAAUAACGAUUAAUUUGUUUAUCAACUGGUACUAUCGGUUUGUUAUUUACUAUUUGUGCUUCAUUUUAUUGCAAAAUUUGAUAUUCUUUUUCCUCCAGUACUCUAAUACAAAGUUUAGAGCUUCCUCUAGCAUUCCUGGAUUUUUAAUUCUUACUAUUGUUUGAUAAUUUAUCAGUAGAUUUGUUAUAAACAUGGUGUUAGCAAUAUAUCCGAUUUGUAAAUCUGUAAUUUGUGGAUUUGGAGAAACGUCAAUUAUUUUUGUUAUAACAAUUAUAACUCAUCUCGUAAUCAUAUUUUUGUUCGUUUCUCAUGCGUGUCAGUUGAUGUGUUAAAUAUUCAAGACCGCGUUUACCACUAAUAGUUAAUUUUUUAAAUUGCGAGAGAUCUGUGCCUUAUUCUCUCGAUAUGGAAAAAAAGGGAAGUCAAAAGAUAACGUGUACAUUCGAAAGUUUCAGAAUGAUUGGUAUUUGGAGUAUAAGUGGUUGGAAGUGUUCAUUUAAAAAAAACUUAUCUGUAUGCCGU